GUGGGAUUGGGACGCGCAUGGCUCCUGAAGGUUACUGCAAAGUCAGUGGCAGGCCCUGGAUCCGGGAAAGGGCUGGUGGGAAGAUGGUGGGGCUCCUCCUUUCGGCUCAUUUUGGAAGUCUGAGUUGGGGGAAAGGAACAGGUGAGGGGAUGGGGCAGAAGACGUCUGGAAUGAGAAUGGUGCUCUGUCCAAAUAGUGUAUAAGGAUUGUCUGGCGCUGAAACCUCUCCUCCGUCAAGAGGAGUUUGCCAUCUUGAAGCCAGACACCAUCCCAGAGAAGAAGUCCUUCCGUCUGUCCUUGUGGAGGCUGAGGGGCUGACAGCUGACCUGGAACUUGACGCAGAAAAAAGGGCGUCCUCUCACCGCCAAAGACUUUUCCAUUUGGAAAUAUGCCUCUGGCAUGGGCCCAGGGUGGGCCCAGGGGGCUGCGGGGAGAAGGCUCUACGGGGAACAGUCCCGUUAUCCUGGAAGGCCUCUGAAUUGGAAAUAUCCUUGUCUUGAUCAAAGAAACUUCCAACCAUUUCCGGUGAGGACAGAGACACGAUGGGAAGAGAUUCGUAGAGUCUGACAUCACGUUUCUGACACAUCAGGUGUUAGAACCACGAAAAGAAAAAAGGGAGAGGAGAGCUUUGGUGUCCGGUCUCCCGGCACUCUGAACGGGUCAUAAUGGGGACACCGGCCCGCUUCAAGAAGCCACGCGGCUCAGCGAAGGCCCGUUUCUUCACGGAAAUGCUUUUCCUUCUCCUGUUCUGCAGACACGUUCAUACCCACUGCAAGAUCUCGCGCUGCAACUCCGAGUACCUGGCUGCCACACGGAACGUGCGUGGCCCUAGCAAGAAUGCCGCCUACUGCAUCGCCUUGCGCUCCUACUCCCGGUGCACCCGCAGGACAGCGCGCACCUGCCGCGGCAACCUUGCCUAUCACUCGGCCGUCUACGGCAUUGAAGACCUCAUGAUACAGAACAACUGUUCCAGGGACGGCCCCACUUCUCCUCCAUGGCCGCCUGCCCCGGAACCCAACAAGCAGAGCUUUGAAUCUCUCGAUAUCUGUGACUACGAGAAGAGUUUUGCCCGCAAGCAUGGCCAGACCCCUGUGCACCAGCACUGCGCCGCCUUUGGCGAUCCCCACGUGCGGACCUUCAGCGACGAAUUCUACACCUGCCGCGUGGAGGGUUCCUGGCCGCUCCUAGACAACCACUAUUUGUUUGUGCAGGCCACGAGCCGCCCUGUUGCAAAAGGGUCAGACGCCACAGCCAUCAACAAGCUGACCAUCAUAUUUAAGGACAUGAAGGAAUGCAUAGAUCAGAAGGUGUACCAAGCGGAGAUAGACAACCUGCCCGCUGCUUUUGUGGAUGGUUCGAUGAAUGGCGGUGAGCGGCCUGGAGGGAGUAGCUUGGCCAUCCGUGAAGGCUCACCGGGGGCGCAUGUGGAGAUCCGAGCAGCGUACAUUGGCACCACUAUUGCUGUGCGCCAGGCAGGGAAACAGCUCUCCUUCUCCAUCCGGGUGGCUGAGGAAGUGGCCCGCUCUUUCACGGAGGAGCAGGACUUGCAGCUGUGUGUAGGAGGCUGCCCACCCAGCCAGCGCAUCUCUCGGGGUUCGUGCUGCUACAGUGGUGCUGACCCAGCUGUAGAGAAGGCCCGUCUGCUGUGCAAAGGGAAACUGCCCACGGAAGACGUCUAUUUUCAGUCCUGUGUUUUCGACGUGGUGUCUUCGGGCGAUGCUAAUUUUUCUCUGGCGGCACGUGACGCCUUCGAGGAUGCCAAAGCAUUUCAGCUGGACCGUAAGAAACUCCACCUCUUCCAGACGGAUGCCGCUUCCUCUCCCAAAGGCUCACCUCUCCUCCUCCUCCUCCUCUUCCUCCUCACAGCAGCCAUGUCUGGACUUCAAGUGCAUCUUUACAAGGACAUUUUCAUUGGUUUUUAGUUCGUUUUUGCCGGCCCAAGAAGAUAACGGGAGGUGCUUUCCUAGAAGGGCAUCAAAAGCAGUGAAAGUUGUUUGUUCAUCUCACUUUCUAAUUAGGUCUGUUAUCUAAGCUUUCUGUAAAACGUGCAAAAACGCAGGUUUUUUUUUAUUUUUGUUGAAAACUUAGGCACUUGUAGAGUCAGGAUUCCCCACCAGCUCUCUCUGUCCUUAUCCCCCCCCCCCAAAAUGUAUCCUUGUCAGUUGUGUGCAUAUAGGAAUCUGCAGCAAGGAGGGCUGGCUGGAGAGGGGUAUACCUCUUGACCGUGAGCUUUCUCAGGCGCAUCCGUUGGCCCUGGAAUAUGUGGGAUUCUGACUCCAUUCUCUCUCGUUUCUUUGAACUGGGCUGGGACAUACUGGAAUUUAUAGCUCCCCCUGCGCCUUAAUGGCAAUGGAUAUUUAAACUUUUAAUAAUUACUGGUUACAAAAGUUACAAGAGAGAGUUCGAUUCAGGGAAUGAUGAAAGGCUAUGUAGAAUCAGGAAAGCUGGACCUCUACGCUUUAUUAGGGAGAAGUUAAGCUGACAGAAAUGUGGUGGUCAUGCCGGUGAACCUCAGAGAGACACGAUAGAGCGCCCUCUUUUCUUUGUAAAACACAAGUGAAGACACACGCAGCCUCCAUUUGCCUUGGUGCUGCAUGGAGAAGAAAGAAGAAGCUUAACCCUUCGACCUCCAACUAUUUUCAGUAGUCAAAACCGCCUUCUUUACUCUGCUAUUAACAUUUUAAAGAGAAAAAUGUGUCCCCUAAAUACUCUUUCCAACAUUAAAACGGAAGUAACGAAGUGAGGGUCUUGCUUUCAAUGAGCAAAACCGAGCGGAGGUUGAAGGGUUAAAUCCCCUCUCCCUUCUCUGCCCAACCCCAAGGCAAAUUGAGACAGCACAAGAAACAAGCCAUUUGCAUUUUUUUAAUUGGCGAGAUAUCUUCAUCGUGGUGGUUUUGUGCUCAGAGUGGCACUGAAGUGGCAGAAAUCUUGUCACCUCUUUCUAUGAAGAAAUUCCAGUUUGCCAACCUCAAAACCUGCUCCGCUUAACAUGCCCAGACAUUAAUGAUUGACCAGAUCUCCCAUCUUUUCUAUUUUCCUCUAAAAUCAGCCAUGGUUUGGACCCCUCGCAUUGAACUGGAAACAGCAGCUGGGGAAAAGGGUGUAACAACUUCUCCGCACCGUUUUCCGUCCGCAAAUCCCUCCCCUGCUGUUGUUUGCUUUGUAAGAAAACCUCUGAUUUUCCUCACUGGGGCAAAGAGCGGUCGGGGGUGGGAGGGGGUGCUGCUUCAUGAAAAUCACAUGAGUAAAGGGAGAUAUAACCCCCCCCCCUUUCCCAGAGCUGUGGUCCCACCCCAAGACCUCCCACCCCAGUGGCUGCUUUUAGAAGUAAAUAGAAGGCAGGUCUCACUUCUCAUAUUAUUCUCUCCCAGCUCCUGAGAGCAGAAGGGGCCCUGAAAACCCGCAUUGCCGCUUUGGUUAACUUUUAGAGCGCAAAGCCAGUUCUUUGGGAAGAUCUCUCUUUGAUGCAAGCGUCUCCUUAUUUGUGCUAAAAAUUAAAUUGACUCUUCCCCCAAAUACUGGUUUCUUUAAGGGCUACUCAGACACAGUCCCUUUGAAUGGGUGAAUCCCAAACUCUUCAUGCAAUUUUCCAAUGUCUCUUUUUCUUCUCGAGACACUUUUGACAUGGCCUUUUUCUUACCUUGCUGUUAGCUCGGUGGAUAGAAUUUAAGCAGCGGUUCUCAAGCAUUCAGUUCCCUCCAUUAAGGCUGGUGGCAAAUGGGACUUUUAAAGGGUUCAAAGGGGUUUGAGAAGGGUUUCACUUCCUUUGGUCUGGAUACAUAUUCCUUUGGUCGUCACUGAUCAAACAGGUUGUUGAAAUAAUGCAAAAACCUGCACAACCUGUUUACCGGAGGCAAAAGUGGGAUGAGUGUACACUGUGAGCAGUAAGCACUCUUGCAAACCAUAGCUUGAGUUCUCUAUAAAAACCAUACCCUCUCUCUUCAUUCACAUGCUCUAAGGGCAGACUAGAGGAGAUGCUGGGAGAUUCCUGAAUGGAUCUUCUAAGCAUUUUUAGUGUGAAAUAGUAGCCCAGGCUGCAGUGCCGGAGGGAGAGACCUUUCCUGACCUCGGAUGGCGCCCAACUGGGGAAAACAUACAGACAUCUUUUAUCGUACUUCCCCCCCCCCCGUGGGGCGAGUGGCAGGUCCAGGGGUUUGUUUGACGUUGUCCAAAUGCCAUGGGUAGCCACGUCUUUUGUUCUCUGGCCACAGUUUGAAGUGGCUUCUCCAGCUGCCGUUUGCCGAUAAAAAUGCUCCAGAGAUCCGUUCACACAUCUCCGAGCAACUGAUCUACUUUGGCUCUGUUGUAGGAAUUCUCUUGAGAAAGAGGAUAACAAUUAGAAGAGACUGGCCAGCAGGAAUGUCCCCUGCUAGUAUCCUGUUUGUUUCAAUGUGGCUCACGCAGGGGCAUGUGCUCUUGGAUCCGGCCUUGAAUUUGCGGCCUGCUUAUUCCAGAGCAAUCCGACGAAGACCGGUGAGAUUAUUGUAAUGUUGGUUGCAACCUGCAGAUCCGUCUAAUUGGUAAUGAUGGAAGCCUAACUGGUUUUUCUUGGGAAACUGUUAAGGAAUGUUAAUAUAUAUUUUUUAAAAAUUAAAGUGGAAG